GUAUUUGUAAGUAACUGUAAGUAUUUGUAAGUUACUGUAAGUAUUUACGAGUUCCAGACGGACAGUGACUCCACGUCCAUUGAGCUGUCGUUGAGACAAACGAGCUGCUGGACCCUCUCCUUUGUUGUUUGUUGUGUCGUGUUGUGUUGAGUGUUGGUACUGUUCUAAACACGAGCCUGACCGAGGACUUUACCGCUCCAAACUGUACCGUACUGUACCGAAGCAAAGUGUACCGUGGUGAAAACUCGGCUUAAAUCAAAGUGAGUUAUUAAGAAAGAUGGAAGACUGAACAUAGAUUUCUGUCUCUUUGAAGGAGCCGUUCCAAAGACUCGGCUCCUUCUUAUAUUUCAUGAUUUAAUGACUGGUUGUAAUUGUGAGGUAAGAUUUGGGUCAGAGUGAUUCAAACUUACACAUCCCACCAAUAUAAGUUCUUCUGAAUUAUUGAUUCUGUUUUCAUUUGGCUCGUGUUUUCACUGUAAACUGUCCAUAAGGUGGCGCCAUAUCUCCGUGCUUUGACAGUGACAUCCCUGUUUUGGCUUUUCCCUCACCUAAAAAAUGUUGUGAAUAAUACCUACGUUGCGUCUUUGGUUCUUCAUCAGUCAGUCAGUCAUCAUCUACCGCUUUAUCCUCUGCUAGAGGGUCGCGGGGGGUGCUGUGCCAAUCUCAGCUACAUCGGGCGAUAGGCGGGGUACACCCUGGACAGUUCGCCAGUCCAUCGCAGGGCCACAUAGAGAGACAGACAAACAACCAUUCACUCACACACUCACUCCUAUGGUCAAUUUAGAUUGUCCAAUUUUACCUAUCCCCACAUUGCAUGUUUUUGGACUGUGGGAGGAAGCCGGAGAACCCGGAGAAAACCCACGCACACACGGGGAGAACAUGCAAACUCCAUGCAGAAAGGCCCUUGUUCCAACCGGGGCUCGAACCCGGGUCUUCUCGCUGCAAGGCGGUUAUUCAGAUGAUAAGCUCAGUUUUAACUUAGGGUUUAACUUUGGUCUAAAGUUUGGGAGUGGUCUGUGUGCUGUCAUUGCAUCAUGUGACCAGCUGAUGGUGCUCUAAACUGUGGUUCACUUAAACACUGUUUGUUUUCUCUUGUUGAUGCUGUUUUUUUUUUAAAAUGUAUUUCUCAUUUCAAUUCACUUUUGCUUCUUAUUUUCAAAUCAUUUUAAAUCUUUGUCAUUUAAAAUGAAAACGUAAAUGCGUUAAAUUUGAGGGACGACAGUGUGUGUGUGUGUGUGUGUGUGUGUGUGUUUGAGAUUAAUACACUCUUUUAUUUGUGGACACAGAAGUAAUAUUUCUAAUUUACUGAGUUGCCAAAUUUAACAGAUUCUAAAAGUUUUCAGUUUAAGUGAAUUUAUUUGUCUAUCUGUCUUCUGUCAGAUCACAACUUUCAUUUCCUCACUGUGUGUGCGUGUGUGUGUGCGCGUGUGUGUGUGUGUGUGAGACUCUCACUGCUUUUCCAUUUGAGCUCUGAAUCUUCUUCCCCGGCGACACAGAAAACUCGGCUGUGACACAGAGCGACCACACGAGGCAGCAGAGGACCAGCAGCUCCCGUGUCCCCAGCGGCUAAAAUCACUGAUUUUCUCUCCAACAUUGUCAACGUCUGCAUCCCAUAACAGUUGACCCCAGUCGUUUGGACCAUGAGAGGUUAUUUUGGGAUAGCUGUGGGCGUGGCCUUGCUCUUGACCACCGGCCAAUGUGACACGAGCUGUGGAGGAAUAGACGGUCUACACGGAGUCUUAGGAGUGGCAGGUCGAGAUGGAUGGCCCGGGGAGAAGGGACAGAAAGGAGAGCCAGGGUCCGUGUCCAGUGGACUGGUGGACGGAAGUGUCCUGAAGCUGAGAGGAGAGAGGGGGAGUCGCGGUUUACAAGGACCGAUGGGGCCUAAAGGCUACCACGGAGACGUGGGAGCAGCAGGUCACCCUGGGAAACCUGGACGCCGCGGUCCUAGUGGAGACAUUCUUAAUCAAGGACAGUCCGGUCGUCAGGCCCACGUGGCCUUCUCCGUCAUCAGGAGAGACAGAAGUUACCCUCGCCCGGCAGGCAGCGGAUCACAGACAAUAACCUACCAGUCCACUGUGGUCAACAAACCUGGCGACAUUGUUGCAGCCACAGGUAUCUUCACCUGCAGAGUUCCUGGCGUUUAUUACUUCACUUUUCACUCUGUUGCCAAGGUUAGCAUGUGCCUGCGUAUAGCCAGUCAGGCUGUGGCUCUGGGAUUCUGUGAUUACAACAGGGGAAAAAGUGAUCACGUGCUGUCAGGGGGCGCUGUUCUGCAGCUCACGCUGGGACAGAGAGUUUGGCUCGAGUCCUUCAGAGACCAGCAGACGGAGUCUGACAUGCGGGACACGCAGGACAAACAGAUCAUCUUCAAUGGCUUCCUGCUCUUCCCAGGGGCUCAGUGACGGUUCAGCUGUGACCAGCGUAUAUCUCACGUCUGUUCUCUGGUCUAAAAUAAAAGUCUCCUAUA